AUGGCGCACACACAUCAAACCGAGCCUGAUCUCGUUUACCAUGUCCUUUUAAUGACCUCCCAAUCGAAAGGGUCCUCAAGCGAACGGACCGAGAAGGUACGGAUUCUCGGUACUUAUACGUCCAUAAGCAAAGCCAAAAAUGCGGCUCAUAGUUGUCUGUUCGAUGGAGGUUAUGAGCGUGAAUGGUUUUCAACUUUCCAAACAGAUCCCGCGGCGUUGGAGGAACUCACCGCGUCCAAAGGAACGGGACUUGCCCUGCAUGCUAUCGCAGUAGAUGGCACCGUGUUCCGAGUUCGCAUUUCCACAACGCCUAACAGUCUUCACCUCACAACAGAUAAUGAAGAUGGUCGAAUUGCGACACCUCUCUACUAUGUCGUGCAGACAAAUGUUCCUUAUUGCAGCCAUGAGCGGAAACCGGCCUACGACACACACAUUGAAGGAACGUUUAGAACUUACGCAGAGGCUAGGAAGUUUGCAAGCACUUUGCUUCUGUCAGAAGAGGAUGGGAUCGUAACUUCAAGCUACCUAGAAUACACCGAGGCUGGUCCAAAUGAGACAGAUUGCGAAUACGGUGAGAAUGUCGUCGUCCAUGCUACAGGUGCAAAUGAGGAAAAUUACUUUGUCAGUGUCAUCACAUGUCAAGAGUUGGAGAGUGUGAGGUUGGCCGAGGCGUCAUUCAGAAUGGCCUAG